AUGAAGUCUGGCGCUCUGAAGUCGUUCAUUCAAGGGCUCCGAAAUCUCAAAGAUCUUACAAUCCUGAUGCCUUACAAGUCGGACCAGUACUGCGGCGCCUACCUCAAGGAUCAUGGGUCCGGGUUGUUUAGUGCUAUUUCUGGAGCUAACAGCAUCGAAUCUGCCACAUUCCGCGGGUUCAUGUGCGACUCCGUCUGCGAGGAUCCUUAUGCUUUCCCAAAUCAUAUGUAUUAUCCUGAUACCGGUAUGGAGGACGGAUGGGACUUGAUGGACGAUCAGGUCUUGAGCGCGGCUCUCGAGAAGUAUCUCAUCCGAGGGGGAGCGUGUCCACUUCACCACAACAACAAGGUGUCUGUCAGGAAGGGACUAGUUGAUCCAAUAGCUCCCGUGUCGGGUUGA